AGAGCUUUUGAUUUAUAAGAGUAACAAAACAAAUGUAUUUAGGUCAAGCGAAAUCAAUCUUAAAUGUGACAAGUUAAAGGUUUAGUGUGUAACAUAAUGUUUAAAUACAAGCAAAUGUCAAUCAUUUUUAAAAUAUUUUGCACAAUGAUGAUUAAGCUUAUCGGCUUCUGUGUUGUUCAGAUCUUGAAUCAGUUUUAAGUGUGGUUUUGCUAGUUUUAGUAGUUUUUAAUUUGUUGUAGUGUUUGUUUUUUGUAAUAUGGAGUAGAUUCAAAAAGGCAAUAGAAAGUAUUGUGUCGUUAAAACCCAACAAUAUAUUUUGAAAAUGUAUUAGGACACAUGAAGAACCAUCCCUCAAUCAAAUAUAACAGUCUACAAAAAAUAGCCUGAGCAAAAAGCAAAAUGUGCAUAAUACUGCUGAGAUUGGAUGCAGUUAGUGUGCCAGGUAAAAAUCAAAUAGCCAAGAGCCCUGGGGCACACCUGUAGUGACGAGGGCAGGUCUGGGAUGAGAAAGACUUAAGAUUUAUGAACUAAGUUCAUCCUGAGAGGUAUGAUUCAAACCAGUCCAAUGGAGAGUGUUUUACGCACAGACCACCGUAGUCCCCCGCUGUGCUUGGGAAAAGAAGGGUUGAGCAAAGGUUGUCCUCUCUGUUUGUUGCACUUUGCAGUCUCACCAUUAGUUGUCACUACCACAUACACACUGGACCUUCGUUUAAUUCAUCCCCGUUGCAACAGAAAGCAGUUCAGUAGAAUCACACACAGGAUGGCAGUGGCAAGUCCCUCAACUGAGUGGAGCACUGGUCUCUUUGACUGUUGUGAGGACGUUAGCGCUGGUUGCUAUGGUUUCUGGUGCUGCCCUUGCCUCGCCUGCGCCGUUUCAAGAAGAUUUGGAGAAAACUUUUGCCUCCCACUGUGCGACAUAAUCAGCCCUGCUGUAUUCACAGCCUGUGGGAUUCCUGGGUUUGCUCCUCCUGCCACCAUCGGUCUCCGAGCUGCCAUUCGGAACAGAUACAACAUCAAGGGUUCUGUCUGUAAGGACAUCACAGCUGCCUGUUUCUGUGUGUGGUGCUCCUGGUGUCAGAUGCACCGCGAGUUAAAAUACCGCGUAGAAAACAACACUGCUGUGGUCAACAUGCAGCCAGCUCCAGUGAAAGAUGCUUUCGCAGACCCACCUCCUGAUGGCCAUGUAGCCUCAUCGGGGGUCAUACUUAUUGUGUUAAUAGGUUCCAUUCAGUUCAAUAGCCAAUGGCACAGCCCUUGCCAAAGUGGAGCACCGGUUUCUUUGCCUGUUGUGAGGACUCACAAUCAUAAUUCUCUGUGUAACGACAUCACAGUGUCCUGCUUCUGUGUGUGGUGCUCCUGGUGUCAGAUGCACCGCAAGUUAAAAAUCAGAGAGAAAAGCAAUGCUGUCGUCUUGGUCAACAUGCAGCCUCGACCACUGACGGAGGCUCCCACAGCUGCACCUCCUCCCGAUGGCCACGUGGGCACAUCAAGUAUUAUACUGGGUUCUUACUGAGAUUCAUCCACACCAUAAUCACAAUCAGCAACUGAGGGUUUUAUUGAAGGUGCUUUUUUUAUCUGCGGCAAUAAUUUGGGCCCGAGCACGAAUGGCAAGAGCCUGAAACAGCUCCUGGCACAAAUUAAAACACUUGUUUUAUCUGUGUGCUGGUUAUUAUUAUUAUUAUUAUUAUAUACUACAUACAGAUUACUAAGAUAAAAAUGUCUCAAAACAAAUAAAAUCAUAUGGAAUCAA